AUGAACGCCUCCCUGGCCGCGUCGAACGUCGCCGCGGGCUCCUCGGCGCUCCCCACGCGCCGCGCCAUUGCCCCACGCGCGCGGACCGCUCGCGCCGCGGUGUCCGCGCGAGCGCGCGCCGGCCAGCGCGUCAUGCGCUGUAACGCCGCUCCCAAGCGCCCCGCGGCCCCGAGCCGCAUCCUGAAGGAGAGCGCUCUGUCGGAGGAGGAGUCGUGGGAGCUGGUCCUGAAGCGCUUCAAGGCGGGCGAGUCGGCCGAUUACCAAGUGCAGCGGUGCAACCACGGCGGCGUCGUGGUCAGCAUCGGGUCCCUCGACGGCUUCAUCCCCUUCUCGCUCCUCGACUCCACCCGCCUGCCCCCCACGACCGACCGCGACGACAUCAAGGAGGCCUGCGUGGCCGGCAUCGUCGGGGACACCAUCCAGGCCAAGAUCAUUCGCGUCGACGUGCCGAACAAGGACAUCGUGCUGUCCGAGCGCGCGAGCCUGAUGCAGAAGGCCGUCGCGGGCAUCGAGGUCGGCGCCGUCAUGGACGGCGUCGUGUCGGGCCUGGUCGACUUUGGCGCCUUUGUUGCCCUGCGCGACAAGGACGGGCGGUUCCACGGCGUGGAGGGGCUGGCGCACAUCAGCGAGCUCAGCUGGGCGCGCGUCUCGAGCCCCGCGGACGUCGUCCAGGAGGGCCAGACCAUCACCGUCAAGGUCGUGGGCGUGGACACGGAGCGGGGCCGCAUCUCGCUGUCGGUCAAGCAGCUGACCAACGACCCGGUGCGGGGAACGAUCGAGGACCUCCUGCCGAUCACGGGCGACGACGUGCAGACGCGCGCGUCGGAGUUCUUCCUCUCGGAGGACACCGAGGGCCUCGAGGGCAUCGGGUUGAUUUGCAAGGAGCUGCUGAACGAGCCCGGCGUGACGGGGGUGGGGCUGGGGCGCAUGGCGGUGAACGAGCGCGUCGUGAGCCAGGAUCUGCAGGUGUGGAUCACGAAGGAGGUGGUCGAGGACGGGUGGAACGUGGUGGCGCGCGCGGGCGUGGCGAUGCAGGAGAUCCACGUCAAGACCGACAUGCAGCUGCCGGAGAUGAAGCGCGCGGUGAAGAACGUGCUCGACCGCCUGCCGUGA